CACAAUAGUAAGAACGAGGAUAUUCUCACUUCUCAGUAUGCCUUCUUUCUUUCUAUCUUCUUCUUCUUCUAUUCAGCAUUCUCUCUUCUGGGUUUUGAUAUGUCACUCUUGUCUCAGUGAAAGAUCAUAGUUUUCCUGGACUGUUAAUGUCACUUCAUCCAUAGAUAUCAAGUAAAUGGAAACUGAAGCUUUCUUCCUCUGGUUUAGCUCAGCGUGCGCGGUUAUUACUUCUGAGUCUUGUUCUUUACUGUUGAGCUUCUUAAAGGUUCAGGGAGAUUUUUCUUGUUUGCUUAUGGGUAUUCUUGCAUGUCAUGUUGAGCCGAAUAUAAAUGAGUCUUUGCUCGAGGUAGUCAUUUUGUUUUGGGAAUUGUGAAGUUUGGCAAAUGUUUGUUGAAAGUAACAUGCGAAUAUUAUGCACCUGGAUGUCUUAAUUAUUUGAGUUGGAGGUCUGGUGAACGUGAAAGGAGACCAUGUCAAUCAAUGAAGGUAAAAUUUGUACUUUUCUUGGUGGACUGAUAUAGAGGACGGACUCAUUGGUGCUUCUAACCAGGAAGAUGAUGACAGUAGGGUUGGCAAAUCAGUAGUCUUUUGAAUUUACAUUUCAUUAAAACCCAUCCAAGGUUCUUGUCAGAACUCAGUACCUGAACUGAUAGAUUUUUGCAAAUUAUGUUAAUAUGACAUCAAUUAGAAUGGGGUCCUGAAUAAGAAUCUUGCUAAUUAAUAGUUUUAGUUAGAUGAGCAUCACAUAAAUUAUUUUCAUUCUCAGAAUGACAUGUCGAAUUGGAUGGUUUAGGAGUAUAGUUUCACUCAAUUAUUUUUGUAAUUGAUAUGAUAACUGUAUUAGUUAUGGCAGUCUAGCAGUGGCACAUGAUGUGGGCCAAAGGUAAAGGCAGCAAAAAUAGAGAAGAGUUUUAAGAUGUACGACAUGGGUGAGGAACAGAUCUGAAAAAUAUCUGGAGAAAUAGCCCAUACUAACCACUAAUCAUUCACUUUCAUUUCAAGAACCGUCUUCUAAAUACUCAUCAAAAGAUAAUUCUGCCGACAGUUCAUUCUCACUGAGUUAUUCCAUGAACAUGCUUUUCACCAUAUCAGAGUAAGAAGGAUGCACAGUAGAAGUAAUUUAUUGGAUUUUUUUGAAAGUUUCUUCGAAGCGUUACUGAUAAUAAUAGGAUUGUUUUGGAGGUUUUAUUUAAACCUGGACUCAUUUGUGAAAGAAUUUUGCUGCAUUGAAACUGGAAUUUGAAACCCUGUUAGUAAGAACAACCGCUCUGAACAGCUGAAUCUUUCUGACUAACUGGGCUGCCAUAGGUGGAUCUUCUGAUAAAUUUGCUUCACCAUUGAGAAAGCCUUCUGCCAUUUUGAAGAUCGGUUCCAUUUCCCUUUCAUAAUAUGUUCAUCAAGAAGAUUCAUUGACGAUUAUACAAAAAAUUCACACUACCUAAUGAAUGAUGAGAUGCCUCUUGGAUGGCCACUUGGGCUCAGCUUUCUGUACACGAGGCUUAGAGUUGCAGAAUCACUACCAGUUGCUCCAGUGGGGUCAUACUCAUUGCACGUACCAUCUUCCAGCUUCUCCUCUUUCUCAUCCUCCAACCUUGAUACAGAGUCAUCUGCAUCUUUCUUCCAAGACAGUAGUGUAUCCCUGGGGAGGCUAAUCGGCAUUAGAGCUGGUGAAAGAAGAGGGCAUUUGUACUUCCCAAACGCUUUAAAUUUUGAAGAAGGUGAGAUGAAUAAUAAGUCACUGGCAAAAGACGGCUCUAAAGUACAUGAACAAGUGGAUAUGUCUCGAGGCAAUAUUUGUAUACCCAUUCUACUUGAUGCACUUCUGCUCAAGACCAGCAGAGCUAAGAGGAGUUCAAGGAAAUAAGCGUUAUUAUUGAUGGUGAGGAAAAUAACAUGUAACACACCGUGUCACUUCAGUGCAGAUUCUCAAUUCUGUUGUUGCUGUCAGAAUUCAAAAAUGGGUUUCGGUCAAUUUUUCUUGAAUUCACCAUUUUAACUUUUGCCAGGAUCCUUAUUGUAACUUUGUUCUGUUUCAUAUUAUGAGCACAUAAUAAAAGGAUGCGAAAUCCUCUAGAGUUCUGGAGGUGUUGAAUCUUGCAGAAA